CUUAGUCAUAAACACACAGGUUUAGGCCAAAAGCAAAGAGAACAACAUGUUUCAUCACAUUUAAUCGUCACCACACUUUGAACAGGCUGCUGAGUGAUCUCCAUGUGUGCACUGUGAGAACAUCUCUGCUCUCUGUGAUCUCUUCAUCACAAGUGAAGACAGUGGAAAUGGGGAACGGGACCACUGUCCAGGAGUUUACCCUGGAGGGAUUUCCUGCUGUCCAGCGCCUGGGCAGGCUGCUCUUCUCAGUGCACCUGCUGGCAUACCUGGCCUCCAUCACAGGCAAUGUCCUCAUCGUCUCCGUCGUCUGCACCAGCGCCCAUCUGAAAACCCCCAUGUACUUUUUCCUCGGCAUUUUCUCCUUCUUUGAGUGUUGCUUUACCAGUGCUGUUAUUCCUAAAUUGUUGGCUAUAUUUCUUUUAGGGAAGCAAACGAUUUCCUUUGUUGCCUGUUUCGUACAAGCCUUCGUCUUUGUAUUCAUUGGGGCCUUUGGCUUCCUUCUCAUAGCUGUGAUGUCAGUGGACAGGUGUGUGGCCAUCUGCAAGCCUCUGCAUUAUCCCACCAUCAUGAACCCGAGGACCUGCACCCUCCUGAUCACGGCCUGCCUUGCGGUGACUUUUGCCUUUAUCACUUGGGUAGUAGUGAAGGUGUCCCGGUUAUCCUUUUGUGGUCCCCAUGUCAUCCCACACUUCUUCUGUGACCUUGGCCCUCUGAUCCACCUCUCCUGCUCAGACACCAGAUCUGUGGAAACUCUGACCCUUGGCCUUGCUUUGAUUAUCCUUCUCUCGUCCCUCAUUGUCACCAUCAUUGCGUACAGCAGCAUAGUAUUCACAAUUGUGCGUCUCCCCUCAGCCAGGGAGCGACAGAAAGCUUUCUCCACCUGCUCAUCCCACCUCAUCGUCCUCUCUCUCAUGUACGGCAGCUGCGUGUUCAUAUAUGUGAAACCGAAGCAAACAAGCCGGCUGGAAUCCAACAGGGAGGCUGCUCUGGUGAACACAGUGCUGACCCCGCUUCUGAACCCUGUCAUCUACACCCUGCGCAACAAGCAGGUCCACCAGGCUCUGAGGGAGGCUGUGUGCAGAAUAAAAAUGUCAAGAUACCUGCCUUCUUACCUCCCUCAAGAAACAGACGCCUGGUGUCUCCAGGAUGACAGUGAACAGGAUGAUUUUCCAGCCACACCUCUUGCUGAGCGUGGACCCACCAACACCCAGCUCUCCCCUCUUCCAGUUGCCCUAUGCCUGCAGGAAACAGCCAGACUUGAGUCCAUGCCCCUUUUCCAAAGAGAGCCUAAAAUGUUGGUCAUAAAUAUCAUCUCAGCUUCCUGUAACCCCUUAAACAAACAAUCUGGAAUGUAAAUCACAGCCUCUGGCCUCCGUCUUUGGAAGCCCCUCCCCUGUACUCCUCAAACUUUGGCCCCUCCCUGAAGAGGGUCAAGGUGGCCCACCAAAUCUUGACCCCUCCCCAGGAAAGGUCAAGACCACUCCCACACGCUAUUUAAACUGCUCCCCAGAAAAUAAGCACAUGGUUUUCCCCUUUUCUUCUCUGGUGGUCGCAUUGGCGACUUCCCAUUACCCUCGGGACAACCGGGAGUGCAGGUGUCUAAUUAAACCUGGAUAUCUUUUAA